AUGUCUGACAACGAGGCUGAGAACGUGAACUUCGAGACCGCCCACGCCGGUGCCUCGCUGACCUACCCCCAGCAGUGCUCGGCUCUGCGCAAGAACGGUCACGUCGUGAUCAAGGGUCGUCCCUGCAAGAUUAUCGACAUGUCGACCUCGAAGACCGGUAAGCACGGUCACGCCAAGGUCCACCUGGUCGCUACCGACAUCUUCACCAACCGCAAGUACGAAGACAUUUCGCCGUCGACCCACAACAUGGACGUGCCGAACGUCACUCGUCGCGAGUACCAGCUGAUCAACAUCGACGACGGUUACCUCAACCUGAUGUCGAACGAUGGCUCGUCGAAGGACGAUGUGAAGCUCCCGGAGGGUGAGCUCGGUGAGCAGAUCACUGCCCAGUUCGAGGACGGCAAGGACCUGAUGAUCACCGUCGUGGCUGCCAUGAACGAGGAGCACGCUCUCUCGUUCAAGGAGGCUCCUCAGGGCAAGUAA